UCGGACUUUUGUUUUGGAAAGCCGCUCCCCAGCGGUCGCCAUUAUUAUUCCUGGCUUGACGGAGAGGAAAAGACGGUUUUAUACUUUAAAAACAUUACAUUCUGGUGUAAACUAACACACUGUAGCGUGUAUCUGUGCAGCUGACUGUCUGACUCAUGAAUUAGCGGCACGCGCUGAGCUCAGGAUGGAGAAGCGUUCCGAUUCUUCAGGUGCUGGAGGUGCCCUCCCCCUGGCCUCCCUUUGCUUGAUGGCCUCCCCUCUGCAGCUGUCAUACUCCUUCAUGUGGCAGGUCAUACGGCAAAAAAAAGUGAAACUAUACGGGAAAGUGGAGGAGUUUGUGACCAUGGUGACACAGACUGUCCCGGAGCUCAUGAGCAUCAAGCAGACUGCCCAGCUCCUGCUGGGACUGAGAGCAAGGAUCAUUUUGGAUUUGCUUCACAAAGACGGUCAACCAGAUCACAGGGCUAUCCAGACUCUCAUAAAUAAGCUGAAGGUCUCUGCCACUAUUGGGAAGGACUCAGAAGUGGAGAAAUCUCAAACAAACUUCAUGGUGCUGGUCCAGAAUCUGCUUAAAAGUGCUGCUGAGAGGAAGCGUUUUUUCCAGGAAGUUUUCCCUGUUCAUUACGGCACAAAGUUCGAUACAGCGCUGCAGGCCCUGAUUGCAGGUCUGGUGUGCAAGCUGGAGCAACUUCUUCCUGUUCCUAAUUUGACCCAGCUUGGUGCUAUGAUCUCAACGGAGCCCACAAUCUUGGAGGCAUGUGGCGGUUUCAUCCCCGCCCAUGGAGACCUGAGGACUCUCCUCCUGCACCAACAGGCCAAAGGACUCCUUGGUGUUAAAGCCACUGUCUCGUCCUCUGUAGGCGACUGUGUGCUGACCUCACUCGCCUUCAGGCCCAAAGUAGUGGAACCACCACCUCCACCUCCACCGCCACCAGAAUCACCAAAGCAAUCACAAGUCACCCUCAACCAAACAAGUCCAGCCUCCUUCAGUGACACAGAAGACUUAGGGGUGAUGUCAGAUGACUCUGACAGCCCGGUGGUCCAUGCUUCUGGACCGAAGAGUAACGAGCAACUCAUUCAGAAAAGUGCUGACGUUAGUGCUUUGAAGGAAAAGAGCGUAGAAACAUCAGCUGAGAGGGAGAACUCAGAGCAAGAGAAGAGCUCUACCCAGGAGGAGCCUGCAGCAGCUCUUAAAAGCACUGAUGGGGGGGCUUCUGAUAAACCUGAAGCGCAGCGAGUGCCAGAUUUGAAAUCAAUCCCUUUUCGGGUCCUCAAAGUGCCGAUCAAAACUGCCCCCGUACAAAAAGCAACAGAUGGCCAAAAGCCUCAGACUCAGCGAGUCACACUGCAUCAGUGGGUGUCUCAGAUCGCCACCAACUCACUCUCCCUCCCCGCCCUGCCACCACUUCCUCCACCUAGAUUCGACCUUGUGGAUGACAUGAAGCCAAGCAUAAGAAGAAAGAAGCAAAUCAGGCCUCCAGCCGACAGAUUCACCUGCAGCGUGUGUGACAAGAGCUUCCCGUAUCAGUCCAAGCUAAUGGACCACGAGCGAAUUCACACGGGAGAGAAGCCUUUCAUUUGCACGGCAUGCAACAAGAGCUUCAGAACCCAAGCCUUCCUUAACAACCACCUGAAAACCCACAGCACUGUGCGUCCGUACGCUUGUGGUCAGUGUGGAAAGUGUUUCACCAAACUGCAGAGCUUAACAAAGCACAUGCUGGCCCACAGCGGCCAAAAGCCUUUCUACUGUGACAUCUGCAACAAGGGCUUCACUCAGUCCACCUACUUCAAACGACACAUGGAGUGCCACACGAGCCAGAUGACAUUCCCCUGCAAGCACUGCAAUAAAAGCUUCCCGACGGCUUUCAAGUUGUCCAACCACGAGCGCUGGCACACCAGAGAUCGCCCCCACAUGUGCGAGCGCUGUGGGAAGAGAUUCCUCGUCCCCAGCCUGUUGAAGCGACACAUGGGCUACCACAUUGGCGACCGCCAGUAUCUCUGCUCCCAGUGCGGGAAGACCUUCGUCUACCUGUCUGACCUGAAGAGGCACCAGCAAGACCACGUGCCCAAAGCUAAGAUCCCCUGCCCGGUUUGCCAGAAGAAGUUCUCCAGCAAGUACUGCCUGAGGGUUCACCUGAGGAUCCACACCAGAGAGCGACCCUACCGCUGCUCCAUCUGCGAGAAGACCUUCACUCAGGUAGGAAAUCUGAAGGUCCACAUCAGGUUGCACACCAACGAACGCCCAUACAGCUGCGACGUGUGCGGGAAGACCUACAAGUUGGCGUCCCACCUAAACGUCCACAAAAGAACUCACACGUGCAAAAAGCCCUGGACGUGCGAGACCUGCGGGAAGGGGUUCUCUGUACCCGGUCUUCUUAAGAAGCACGAGCAGCUGCACACGAGGGAAGCUGACCCCGACUUCUCUGGUAAACGGAGACACAGGGGCAAGCACAAAAAGCACUCCCUCAAGAGGAAGUAUGACGAGGAGGAUGAGGGCAGCGACGAUUAUUGAUCGGAUGAAAAAUAUUUAGCAUUACAUAAGAACCCUCUGUUUUAGAGGUAUCAGAGAUAGUGUGAAUAACAGCUGAUCACUCGUCAUUUAAAAGGCUCAUUUGGAAAGCUACAGCAUAAACUACCCUUUGAAUAAUGUGAUUUGGGCAUUUUCAAGUUGAAUCAUUUAUAGGAAAAGAGAAGACCGCCCUGAUGGUUUGGUACCAAGGCAAGAUUAAUGAAUCAUGGUAGCAAUUUUUUUCUGAUCAUAGAAUUUAAACAUACCUGUGUUUGUAGAGCUGGAUGAAACAACUGAUAAAGCACACCAGUGCUAUUUUCAUAGAUCAAAAUAAUGUGACAUUGUGGGUUAGAGUAAUGAUCAGUAAGCCAUAUUUAGACAUAUAAGAUAGCAGGUUAUACUCUUUGAUCAGUUCUGAGUUGGACUUGUUGGUGUUUCAUUACAAGAAAAAUAAUAAUGGUUUAAAAUAAUAUUUUCUAUAUGGGCUUUUCAAUACGCUGGCGCAAACAUUUAAGAGGGUAGCAUCAUGUAAACAAUACAGUAAUACAAGUAUUUCAAAGCAUGUGACUGUAGAUAGCUUGUCUGCUAUGUAUUACAUUGUAGUGUCACUAGGAAAUGUGUUUUAUAUGUUACUGUAUCUUUGGGGGAAAUUGUUGUGAUCCUGACUUCUUUCACAUCACGCUUUCUUUUCUAUGUAAUCUUGAACUGUUAACGUCAUGUAUGCUUUAGCUGAAGUGCUUUUUUAUGAGAAUUUUUUCCUUUUUUAACAAAAGGUAGAUGAUGUGUCGUUGCUCUCAUAGUGUGAAUUAGUUUAAUGCACCUGGUUAAUUUUCAUUCACAGCUUACACAGCGAGUAUCUUAAACAUAAACACAAUUAUGUGACGAGGUUGUGCUUGACUUUUCCUGUGAGUAGCAAUGUAUAUAAUCCAUUUCACCAUCCUCACUAUUUUUUUUUGUUUGUUUUUGAUGUUAUCAAAAAUAAAUGCAUAAAGAAAGAGAA